AUGGGGAAGGAAUUCAAUCCUUGUGAAUUUGGCUGUGACAAAAAUAUGGGAAAGGAAAUCAAUCCUUACGAAUUUGGAUGUGAUAAUUCUUCACAUCCUUUACUUAACAAAUCUAAUACAGAUGAUCAGAGCAGAGAUUUGAAGUAUAAUAGUGGACACAGACCUUAUCAUGAUGCAUUUUUCCUUAUGAUGUUUGUGAUAUUUGUGAGCACAACAUAUGCAGUAGGUGUUUUUUCAGUAACCAAUCAUAACAAGAACUAUAAGCAUGCUGGAUCAUUUGUUUAUGAUCAUAAUUCCAGGUCCUGUGUAAAACCAAUUACAGAGAUCAUGGCAUCACCCACAAUUGAUAGGGCAUUGAUCAUCAGCAGAAGUGAGGUGGGUAUGUGGAAGUUAAGGACAUUGAUAAAUAAACAACUCCAAUUUGAAUUUGAGUACAGGAAUGUUGCUAAGGAAUUGGCUUGGACUCUUGCAAUCACAUUGGUUGUAAGCAUCCCUUUUGUGUUUAUUUUGCUGUGGCUCCUCAACACUUUCACAAAACACAUUGUCUACGCUUGCCUACCUUUCUUUAUUCUUGUUCCCAUUUUCAUGGAUGUGCUGUGUUUUGUGGCAUGCGAGGUCAAUGAGCAUUGCAAGGAUUCAUUCAGCCCCGCCUUAAGGAUUUUUGUAUUUCUGUUUAUAUUUGCAUUAUGUGGAGUUAUAAUUUGGGUUAUAUAUGCAAACAGAGGGCGUAUAGAAUUGACAAUCAGAGUCCUGCAUACUGCUUCUGAAGCUCUUAGAAGAAACAUGGCAUUGCUUUUGGUUUUGCCUGGAUUGAAUCUUUUGCUCUUAUUGUACUUGAUACCCAUCAUAGUGUUUCUGCUCUUUGCUUUCUGUAAUGGUAAGGUUAUCCCAAAUCCCAACAUUGAAGAAUAUGGGUUUUCAUGUAGAGUUCAUUGCUGUGUUUGGAAAGAGGAACAGUGGGUGCCGGCCUAUUAUGGACUAGCCAUUUUUACAAUUAUCUGGUCUAUAACAACAAUGUUAGAGGCUCAAGUAUACAUAAUAAGCGGUACAGUUGCACAGUGGUAUUUUGAAAUAGCUGGGUCCUCUUCAACAACAAGCAUAAGGAGUUCUGUCAGCCAGGUGAUGAAACUUGAACAUCUUUGCAAUUCUCCUCAGACCAGUUUCAAGCAGCUGCAGCUGUUGGAGAAUUGUGAAACAAAGGAACCUCCACAUUCCCUUGCAUUUUAA